AUGUCGCAUGAGGGUUUCCUGCAAAUGCCACGACCGUGGUGCUGGGGUGCCGGUGUCCCUGAUGUUGUGUCCUUGGUCGGAAGUUUGCUUCAACAACAUGGAGUCCCAAACAAUGCUGCCGCCAACAGGGCAAAGCUCCUUGUGCAGAGCCUAGGCAUGGAAUCAAUCAAGCAAGCAGUCCAAGGUGCAUCACCCUGGAAAACGCUUAAGAGCCUGGCCAAUCAGCAAACACCACCGUUCCAGUUGGUGCUUCCUGAUGAACUGAACUUAGUGGCCCAAGAUCGAAAGACCAAGAAGCAGAAAUCAGCCAAGAUGCCAAGCAACAAGAUUGCACCGUCCAAACCGAUGGACAUUGACCCAACAAAGUUGAGCUUGGCACAGGAUACUUUCCACAUGGACUCAGGACAGCCAGCACCUCAGCUUCCAGCAUCUCAGGUUGGACCACUAGCAGUUGGAGUUGCCUUGGUGACAAUUCAGGAAGCAUUACCAUUCUUGCAGUCUGGUCAGUUGCUUACUGCUAAGAGUUUGGCCUUGCUUGUGAUCAAUGGACCAGAUGAACUGCCGACCAAGCUUUCCUGGACCUCAAUCCGUUUUGCUGCUUGCUGUUCCGUCAAUCAACAACCAGUUUUGUUGCAUGGGCAUUUGGUCCAACUGGGUGCUCAGCCAAUUGUCCCUGUCUUUACCAAGGAAAGUCCGGGUGUGCAUGAUGUCCCUGUCACUUGUGCUCGUGUCACCGUCUUUGCAGAUCAGUGGCCCCAAGACUGGAGUAGCUUGGCCGAUCAUCCGUUCAAACAGGUCCUUCAGGUACUCUUGCCGUUGCAAACAUGCAGGUCCGAAGAUUGUCAGUGCGGUCGAUGGCACCCAGAUGGCAUGGAUGGCAACCAGGAUGUCAUUCUUGACGUUUUUCGCAGACAGUUUUUCACAGAAGCUGGAAGACCGACAAAGCAUGCUCAGGCCAAUCACUUCAGUGUACAGAUCCGUUAUCUCAAAUCUCAAGAGCUUGCCCUGCUGAGGCUGUCAGGUCAGAAUGGUGUUUUCAUUGAGCCUCGGAUCCAAGACGCAUCAUCUCCUUCUGAUGAGUUUCAGGUGGUUUGGCUCCCACAGGCCAGCUUUGCCUCUGCACAGCACCAGCUGCAAUGUGAGCCGAUGGGUCUGGGAUUGGCACGCUCUGGCCGAAGAUUUGGACUACGGGUUGCUGCCAAAGACUUCCAAGCACUGUUCCAAAAGCUGAAACCAGAAGGCCAGUUUUUGUCUCCAGGCACCAGGCAAACAUGGCAUUGCGGACCUUUCCCGUUCGGCAGUGAUCGCAAGUCAAUUGGUAGGGUUUUUGCUGAGUGGAAAUGGCAAGCACGACCUUUGCAGCCGGCGAAGCCAAUUGCCAAUGGUGUGAUGUGGCUUGUUCAAAGCGUCACAGAUCCCCCGCAGACGGUGUACAACAUGCAACAUGGCCAGGUCAUGAUUUCCAAGUGUGACUCCGUCCGUGCGGGGAUGGCUGACAACGGCACGGUCAUUGGGCCCCAGAGCACCAUCGAGCUUUGUGCCUCCAACACGGCUGUUGACCCAUGGACUGUGCAAGACCCAUGGCAGCAAGCUUUGAAUCAGGACAGGCUUCAGCUUAUGGAGCGUCAACUUCAGCAGUUGGCGCAUCAACACCAGACCCUUGAGAGCACCGUGCAUGAGCACCAUCGCCAGAAUUCGGCACAGGCCAAAACACCAGGCCCAACAGCCAUUGACCGCACAUGGACCCUUGGGGUUUGUAAUCCUUCUGGGUUACAGGGAAAAAGCGUUUUGUUAUCCGGCAUUGACUGUGAUGUCAUCAAUGCAAGUGAGACACACCUCACAGCCACGGCACGUUCCAUGCUACUUUCCAGCUUGAAGUCGCAUAGCCAAUACAAUCAUGUGAUCACGGGCGCCUUGUCCCAAGCCCGCAUCAACACAACUGAUGCUGGCCAGUACACUGGGGUUGCUACAAUUGCAAGAGUGCCCACCCGCGCACUUUGCGCUGCUUGGCCUCAGGACCUUUUUGAAACUGGACGGGUCCAAAUCACAGGAUCGCUCAUCAACAAUGUUUGGGUUUCAGGGGCUGUGAUGUACGGGUACCCUCAAGGCAAGACCCACCAGAACGCUCAAAGCAGGUCAAUUGAGAUUUUGGACUUCCUCAUUGACCACAUGACUCAAGUGGCUACUGGGCCUAGAUAUCUUUGCGGGGACCUCAACCAUGAAAUGGAUCAGCUUCCUAACCUCCACCGCCUUUUGGAUUUGGGAUGGAAAGAAGCACAAGACCUUGAGCACCUCCUCAAUGGUAGUUUGCCUCAACACACCUGUAAGGGUUGCACCCGCAAAGACAUGCUGUGGUUGUCCCCGGAGCUCAUAACCAGUUUCCGCACUGUCAAGGUCGACCAUGAAAGGUUUGCUGACCAUUCUGUCUUGCGUGCUGAGUUUGAUGUGGAUGGGGCCUUUGCACAACGGUAUCUGUGGCCCAUGCCCCUUCCUGUUCCUUGGACUUCUGUUCCACCUAUGGACUUUCCUUUGGACUUUUGUACCGGCAACCCCUCAGCCUUGUAUCACGACCUGUGGACUGCUCGGGAGUGCCAGGCUCAGACGACCCUGCAACACCAAUGGACUCCUCAAAUGCAAGGCGUCUUCACAACUACCACAGGUGGGCUUCCACUCACUUUGGACUUGCAGUGGGAGACCAACAACUCCAUGGACUUUUCCUUUGGCAGAGACCCUGGGGUUGUUCCAGCCACUCCGCCGUCCCCGGCUGUUGCUAAGAUGUUGUGUGAGGCUUUCCUGGGGGAAGUCCGGGCCUUUGAGCGCACCCUUGCAGCAGCUAAGACUAAAGCCCAGUCCAAUGCUCACCGAGCAAACCCAAACUUGAUCUACCGUGACACCAAACGUCCCAGGCCUGAGCCUGUCACUAGUUUGCUGGUCACCAAGAAAACCAAGGUCACCGAACUCAGACCGGAAGACGGUGCAGUUCUGGUGGAUAGGGCCGUGGACUUUGAUGUCAGCGUUCCUUUGUUGGUUGAUACACACCCUGUUGAGGCAAUCCAUGUUUCCGAAGAUGCACUGUACCUUGCAGACUUGUCCCAUGUUACUGUUGGGUCGGAUGUUUGUCAGUCUCAGCCGGUAGGUCGCCUUGAUGAUGUUUUUGCUGCCUUCCACACCCAGUGGAAAAAGCGAUGGUGCAAGCAUGACACGGUGCCAGCAAGUCGAUGGGAACAGCUGAUUGCCUUUGCUCGCCAUCACUUGCCGCAGUGGCCGAUACCGGAUACACCCAUCACACCUGCACUGUUGCGAGCUGAAGCUGCCUCCAAAAAGCCCAAAGCAGCCACCGGACUGGAUGGUGUUAGCAGAGCUGACAUCCUGCAGGUGGACAACAAUGUUUUGCAGAGCCUGUGCAACAUAUACCAGAGGGCAGGAUGUGAUGGCUGCUGGCCUGAACAAAUUGUCACCGGCAGUGUGGCCUCUUUGGCCAAACGGGAGGGGGCAUGUCAGACCCAAGACUAUAGGCCUAUUACAGUCUUUUCCAUGGUCUAUAGGGUUUUCAGUUCCAUCCAGGCCCGAGCCCUCCUGGAUCAUGCCCAUCACUGGUGCCAUGCUGAUAUUUACGGAAAUAGAAAGCAUCACCAGACUGCCCAGCUCUGGCGUGUGUUGGUCACAAGCAUCCAGCAAGCUUAUGACCAGAAGGCGUGUUUGAGCGGCCUGACCGCCGACAUCGAGAAGUGUUUCAAUUGCCUUCCUCGGCUUCCCAUAGUUGCAGCAGCCCUCCAUGUCGGUACUCCCAUGUCCGUCAUGACUGCCUGGUGUGGAGCCCUGGCCACGAUGUCCCGCCGUUUCAAGGUCAGAGACUCAUUCAGCGACGGCUUUGUGACAAGCACAGGCCUAGCCGAAGGCUGCGCCUUAAGCUGUUACGGUAUGCUUUUGUUGGACGACAUCAUGCACCGAUACAUGGCAGCUCAGUAUCCCUUGCUGCGGGUCUUAAGCUUUGUGGACAAUUGGGACUUCCUCACCUGGAGUGCUGAUGCUGCCAUUCAACAGCUGACGGCCCUGUUGGAAUUUGCCAACUUGACAGACCUGACUGUCGAUCGGGAAAAGACCUACGCUGGCUACCAGUCCAAGCUCCGAGCUUUGCGUACAGUUGCAUGGCCCAGAGGCCUCUUUGCUGUGGAGAGUGCACCCGUUAGCGACAGUACAUGGUUGACCAUCAGGCGCCAGGCCAAUCAUGCCCUCCAGAUGGAUAAACCCGGUGUCAACCCCUUGCUCAUGUUGGGCCUUGUUGAAGCUUAUGCUGACCCGGAGUUUGUUGCCCUGAUCCGUACUGUUGCGGAGACCAGACUGAAUUGCCCAUUGGAUUUCUGGGCCAGUGACCUCUAUCCUUUGGCAGCAGGUUCAUUGGACUCUCCUCCGUCUUCCCCUGCGGCUGUUCUGUUAGGUCGUGUGCAGAAACUUGGGAUCUCCGUUCACCCCUGUGGGCGGUGGCAUGAUGCGGUGGGAACUUUUCAUCCUGCGUUGGUCAACUUUACCGAGCUUUGCCACCGUCUUCAAUGGCAUUGGAAUCACUAUGUCUCUGCUUCCGUCAGUCACCGGAAGGACUUCACUGGUCUUCAGUGUGUGGACACGACUCUCACCCGUCGUACACUGGCUGCUCUUCCGCCAGAUGAACAGUACUAUGAGUGUUGCAACACAUUGGACUUGCGAACCAAACUUGCGCCUGAGGUUGUUGCAUGCCUUGGACUUUUGCCUGAUGCCAUGGUCUUACGCAGUUGGGCAAUCUUGCCGCCCACUCACUUGGCUUGGCUUCGCUUGUUGGACUCCAUCCCUAGUGCUGUUCCUUCCUUGGCGGGGUGUUUUCGUGUUGGUGUGGUCAAUGAGGUUUUUACUGAUGGCUCCUGCUUGUGGCAGUCUGACCCUAGCCUUCGUGUGGCUUCGUGGGGUGCGGUCCUUGCUGGCACGUUCAGUGACACUUGGAAUUUCCAACAUGGUGGUGUCUUGGGUGCGGGCCCCGUUCCUGGUUUGUGCCAAACGGCGUACCGUGGUGAACUUUUCGCUUUGGCCUUUGUCCUCCACCAUGCUUCACUGGGCGGCUUCAGGGUAAAAAUCUUUUGUGAUAACUUGGGGGUUGUAAAUAGGUACCACCUGCUUACUCAGGGAAAGGUGAUGCUGAAACCCAAUUCAGCGAGCGCGGACCUCUGGAACUGGGUGCUGCAAUCACUGGAGAGAUUGGGAACUGGCAUGGCUGAAGUGGUUAAGGUGCCUGCGCACCGCAAGUUAGCACAGGCGAAGACCCGCCGGGAAGCUUGGGUCAUUUGGCACAACAACAUGGUUGAUGGCGUUGCCAAACACGCCAAUUUGGAUCGCUCAGCAGAUUUCUGGACUUUCUGGUCAACACAUGCGAGGUUGACUGCUGCCGCGCGAGUUUUGCACAGCCAGGUCUGUGCUCUUCAUGUGGCAGUUGCAAAAAGGAGUGUUCAGACAGAAGCGGCUACAACGUUGGAUGAGGCCCCGUGCCCGGCUCCAAAACCACUGCGAGUCUUUGAAGUGAAGUUUCAGGUGGACACCUGGACAGGUGACUUGCCGCUGACCUUCACCAACGAAUAUGGCACUGGACUUGCUCACCGAAUUGCCCGCUGGUGGAAACACCGUACUUGCAGUACGGAGGCUGGCGAAGUUCGAUGGAUUACCUUUGCCCACCUCUAUGUGGACUAUCAAUUGACGUUUGGAUGCCCUGGACCAAUCAAAUCAGGACGGAUCUGGUUGGACGCCUUCACAAGGCGCUAUUUGGAUCCAGAGCAGCACAGUUUUUUGACUCGAUUGAAAUGGUUCCGCAGAUGCUUGAAGGUGUUUUGGAAGGCCACCAAUCAACAGAUUGGGAUGGCCCAAUGUCGGGCGACUGGUGAUGCAAUUCAGAGUUUUGUGCAGGCGGCAUCUUUGAAGUGGCAUCAGCCAAGUUGGCAAGGUGCUGAGCACUGGUUAGCCAUGGAAUGCAAUGGCCCGUGCAUUCGUGGCACAAAAGCGCUGCAGUCGUUGCCACUGGUGAAACCACUGGUGCGCUACGCACUGCCUCUUGAGGCGGAAGAUGCAGAGGUGUCAGAAGUGGAAGAGACGGCGAAGGAAAAGGAAGACCGGGAAUUUCUGCUGAAAGCCUUAGAAGUGACCAAAGCGCAAAUCAAAGCACAUAAUCGACGUGUGGCUGGCACUGUGAUCAUGGCGAUGUUAGCUUUCGUGAUUCUGCUCUGUGGUGUCGCUUUCUUCUUUGGUCGAGUAGCAGUGGCUCAAGGCAUCCAAAACGCUCUCCGAGGUCCACAGCUCACUGUGAAGCAAACCACCUUGUCCUUCAGGAAGGCCAAAGAGUCUGCGCGAGAAUUGGUGGUGGGUGCAGGCAACGCCACGGCCGUGGGCCUCUCGGCUGCGGGCACCCAGACGUGGCACGCCACGAAGAACGCGCAGCGAAACCUGCGCGACUACGGCGCGGCGGUGCGGCGCACGGCCAAGGACUGGGCGGAAGCGCUGCGGGAUCCGGACUGGCGGCAGGUCCUUUGGAACAUCUUGCUGUUGCCAGGACGACUUGCACUCCAAGGUGUCAGCGCCAUCUACCACCAGCUGCGGCAUGCUGCUUCCUCAUUGCAUCAAGCAUGUUCAGCUGCGCUGCAGAGAAUGAAGCGAACCAGUCACAGAUGGUGGAAUAUUUUCAGGAUGCGACAGCUACAAAAAAGCGACGACAAGAGCAACGACGCAGUCGCGGCACCGCGGCGACAGCUUCGCUGGCCGUGGCAAAAGGAGGUCUCGGUCGAAGCGACGCAGGUGCCUUGGUGGAAGCGUAUCUUGCCCAAGAAGCCACAAGCUGCGGAGCAAAAGAUGCGGCUUCUUUUUCUCGGUGGAUGGGAAGAUGGGUCGAAGUCUGCCCUGGAAAUCUAUAGAAAACUUAGAGUUGAUGGAUUUUGGCUAGAUCUUGCUGAUUUUUUUAGGAGGAAUCAUGAUGAAUCAUUGAAUUUGUGUGUGUGCAAAAACUUUGUCUAUACCCGAAUGUGA